UUCCUUCUCAUACUAAAUAGCUAGUUCCAAGAUGGCAGUUGUACUAAUCACAGGCUCAUUGGUUGUAGGAAUAUUUUUUCUAAUUGCAUUCCUAUUCAGACGGCGGAAUGUAGACAUACCUGGACCAAAAGGCAUUCCCUUAUUAGGAAAUGCGCUACAACUCUCCAAAGAUACACCAUAUAUUCAGAUUCAAAAGUGGGCGAAGGAAUUCGGAAGUGUCUUCAAACUCAGAGAAGAAAUUGUCGUUUGUAGCGAUUAUGAAACGAUCAUGAUGACAAAGUCAGAUGAUUUUGCAGGACGACCAAAAUCUUGGCGAUUCACUUUUGUAAUUCCUGGUGGCGAUAAAGGUAUCGCCUUUCAAGAUUUCAACGAAUCGCAGAAGCUAAUGCGAAAACUUGCUGUUCAA